AUGAUCACCUCAACCAGAAGAGUUUCCCCGGAUAAAUCUGAAGUUAGAAUCGCUUUCAGCCUCAGUGAAACCACAGAUGUAAAAGAGGAUGUCAACCUCUCGCACAAUAUCCCUGACCUUGAAUGCCGCUUGCAGCCAGUGCCCCCUUGUGCUUCUUUGAGAGAGAGCGUCCAGGUGUACAGGGAGCACUGCAGAAUGGCCAAAGAGUUUCACCAAGUUAAACAUGAAAUAUCUGUGCUUGAAGACCGCAAGCGCAAACUGCUGGCGGAGCUGGUGGAGGAUGAGCAGGUUGCCAUAGAGAUCGUCCGGUUGGAGGAGGAGUUUCGGCGUCUUGUGGAGGAGAACCGCACUCUGGUGACCGUGCACACUGAGCGCGCUCAGCAGCUGGAGACACUGUGUCUGAACAGUCCCAGGAGGCGGGACUCCUCGUGA